AUGGCCCAUGUUUUUCUGUAUUACAGGGGACGCGUAUUACAGUCGAAAGUGGACCCGGCCGAGAGAGAUGAGAAUUCAAAGAAGAGGAAGCAAGAAUAUCUCCUUACCCAACCAUCUAUAGAUGGUGUCGAGAAUAGUGUAGUCCCAAUGGAGAUUGUCAACAAAUUCGUUUUUGAGGAAACUCCAAAAAGAAAGGGUCAGAUAUUUGGGUUAGGAAAACUAGGUGUAGCUCGAUAUAAGUCUCAUUCCACAUCGUCGUAUUCAUGUGAUCCCAUGCUUGAGGCGUCUCUCAAAGAGAAAGAAGCACGGAUUGAAGCUUUGGAGACUCAAAUGGCCGAAGAGAAAGCUGAGAACAAGCGCCGAACCGAUGAGAUGGCAAAGGAGAUAGCCGAAAACAAGAAAAGUUCCGAGACGAUGAUGCGUUUCAUGGAAGAUAUGCGAAUGCGGUUUCCCAAUUCUAGUUCUUAG